CGCUGCACCGCCGCCCCCGCCGGAGCCGCCCUGCCUGCUGAGGAGGCGGCGCGGACCCGCACCAGCUGUGAUAGACAAAAUGUCAGCAGAAUAAGUGACCUACUCUCCAAAACUUGCCAUGAACCAUUUGGUUGGACCACCUGAGGGGGAGAUCAGUGAAGAGCCAGCAAACGGAGCAGUGAAUGAGUCAGUGGAGGCUGACCUGGAGCACUCAGAGGUGGAAGAGGAGCAGAGGUAUGCGGCUCGCUACCCAAGGCACACCAGCAGCAGCCACGUGGGCCUGUCUGGGCAGGAGGAGGAAAACAUGUUAGCUCGGUCAGCCAGUACUGAGAGUGGUUUCCACAACCACACAGAUACUGCAGAAGGGGAUGUGAUAGCCACAGUGGAGGACAGUUAUGACAUUGAGAGAGUGCAGGAAAAUGAGGAUGAGAAUGCAUAUGCAGUGCAGUAUAGGCCUGAGUCCGAGGAGUACACAGAGAAUGCCGAGGCAGAGCAUGGUGAGGCCAUUCAUAACCGAACACUGCCCAAUCACCUACAUUUCCAUUCCAUCGAGCACGAAGAAGCCAUGAAUGCAGCCUACUCAGGUUAUGUCUACACACAUCGCCUCUUCCACCGAGGAGAGGAUGAACAGUAUGCUGAGGCUUACGCUGAUUAUGGGCUGCAGGAGCAUGUGUAUGAGGAAAUAGGAGACACACCAGAUCUCGAUGUUAGAGAGGGCAUCCAGCAGUAUGAGCGGGAGAGGGAGGAAGCCGACAAUUACCGCAAGGAGGCGCUUGGUGCCCGUCUUCACCAUUAUGAUGAACGGUCUGAUGGAGAGUCUGACAGCCCUGAAAAGGAAGCAGAGUUUGCACCCUACCCAAGAAUGGAUAGUUACGAACAAGAGGAGGAUAUUGAUCAGAUUGUAGCAGAGGUGAAGCAGAGCAUGAGCUCCCAGAGCUUAGACAAGGCAGCUGAAAACAUGCCAGAGUCAGAGCAGAGUUUGGAGCACGGUCAGACUCUUGUCAGUGGUGGACAUGAAAGUAAUGGCCAGCUCACAUCUGGUUCUCGAGUUAUAUCUGGCUCAGGAGAAUCUGUACAGAGGUACAGUAAGGAAAAAAGAGAUGCAAUUUCACUGGCCAUCAAGGAUAUUAAAGAGGCUAUUGAGGAAGUGAAGACGAGGACCAUCCGUUCUCCUUACACCCCUGAUGAACCUAAGGAGCCGAUCUGGGUGAUGCGGCAGGACAUCAGUCCAUCCAGGGAUUCUGACGACCAGAGGCCACUAGAUGGAGAUUCUCCAUCUCCAGAUUCCUCUUCACCUCGAGGUGCUGAAUCAUCAAGUAGGCAACAUCACCAGGAUGUCUGCAGUACAGCAGAGGCUUCCACUAAUAAAGAGUCCAGAAAAAGCUUGGCUUCAUUUCCAACAUAUGUUGAAGUUCCUGGACCUUGUGAUCCUGAAGACUUAAUCGAUGGAAUCAUUUUUGCUGCCAAUUACCUUGGUUCAACUCAACUCCUUUCUGAUAAAACUCCAUCCAAGAAUGUCAGAAUGAUGCAGGCUCAGGAAGCUGUCAGCAGGAUUAAGAUGGCCCAGAAAUUAGCCAAAAGCAGGAAGAAGGCUCCAGAAGGUGAAUCUCAGCCCAUGACUGAAGUGGACCUCUUCAUUUCUACACAGAGAAUAAAAGUACUGAAUGCAGACACACAGGAAACCAUGAUGGAUCAUCCCCUGCGGACCAUUUCUUACAUUGCUGAUAUAGGAAAUAUAGUUGUUUUGAUGGCUCGCAGGCGAAUGCCACGCUCCAACUCCCAGGAUAAUGUGGAAGCAUCUCACCCCUCUCAAGACGGAAAGAGGCAGUACAAAAUGAUUUGUCAUGUCUUUGAGUCUGAGGAUGCACAGCUGAUUGCACAGUCCAUAGGUCAAGCAUUUAGUGUGGCCUACCAAGAAUUUCUGAGGGCAAAUGGAAUCAACCCAGAAGACCUUAGCCAGAAGGAAUACAGCGACUUGCUUAAUACCCAGGACAUGUACAAUGAUGAUCUGAUUCACUUCUCCAAAUCUGAAAAUUGCAAAGAUGUUUACAUUGAAAAGCAAAAGGGAGAAAUCCUAGGUGUGGUGAUUGUGGAGUCUGGCUGGGGAUCUAUUUUGCCUACAGUUAUCAUAGCCAACAUGAUGCAUGGAGGACCAGCAGAGAAAUCUGGGAAGCUGAACAUAGGGGACCAGAUUAUGUCAAUCAAUGGGACCAGCUUGGUUGGUUUACCACUCUCAACGUGUCAAAGCAUUAUAAAGGGUUUGAAAAACCAGGCCCGGGUUAAACUGAACAUAGUUAGAUGUCCUCCAGUAACCACAGUCUUGAUCAGAAGACCAGACCUCAGAUAUCAGCUGGGCUUCAGUGUGCAGAAUGGGAUUAUCUGUAGCCUUAUGAGAGGAGGUAUAGCAGAGCGAGGAGGUGUGCGUGUUGGCCAUCGGAUCAUUGAGAUCAAUGGGCAGAGCGUUGUAGCAACACCCCAUGAGAAAAUUGUUCACAUCCUCUCAAAUGCUGUUGGUGAGAUCCAUAUGAAGACUAUGCCAGCUGCCAUGUACAGACUGUUGACUGCACAAGAACAACCAGUUUACAUCUGAAGCUGACACCUCACCACCACAGUGUGCAUGGAAGAUGUUUUUCCUCAUUAGUGUUUAUCUCUCUAGUGCUGCAUUUCUGUGUCUGCAAAGACAUUUCUUCCUCUCUCCCCACUUCACAGACACAAAUACGCUGUUGCUCUCUCUAUCCCUCUUUCCUCUUCUUCUCACCAUUUUCCUGCAUUUUGGUGAGGGCCAAAAUGUAUCUAUGGAACUAUUUUGGUUGCAUAUUUUUACAAGUGAAACUUCAUACAGCUCCACAUACAAAACAGGAAAAUAACAGCAGCGUAAUUUACAGCAGUAUUCACAGAUGGCUGUAUUUCAUGCUACAUAAUCAGUUUUAUUUCUGUGGCUAUAAUUUUACAAACCAAGUAAAUUAAAUGUUGCCGAAUGAAAGAUGACUUUACCAAACAGAUAGAAGUAUAGCGUACAAAGUGUUCUCUUGGAUAUCCUGCCUGUGACUUUGCUUUUUUUCCCCCAUUUUCCCACAGGCAUCAAGCUCAGUACUAAAGGUUUGUGUCUGUGGGGAAAGUAGAAUACCAAAAGGAUUGUUUUGCCCUCAGGAAAAAUUGCCUGCUUAUGAACACUCAGUAAAUGCUGCUGUUGUAAAAUGAAUUGUCCAAAUACAUACCUUUUAAUUCCCCCCUGUCAUCACUUCUUCAUGAUAGUAGGACUCCAAAAGAUACUCCAUAGGUUCCUGAAACAUUUUAUUCUUGCAUUACUUACACUAAGAAAUUUGGGAGGCGUAUUUUACAGCUGCCUCCCCCUCUCUGCCCCCAGGUUUCUAUCUCCUAGUCUUCUUCUGCUUUGUCUUUUAUAGUCCCUUCCUGAUUUUAGAGUUUAAAGAAGUGGGGGGGGAGGAUCUUUAAAUAUCCACAAGAAAAAUAGUGAGGGGAUCUGCUGAAUAGCUACACUUUUUCUAGGCUCUUAAUUCCAAUUUUGGUGCACAUAGCCAUGUGUGCCAGUGUAUAUAGACAUUUUUAAAAUUGUGCUUCCUAUUUAUGAAGUUUGAAUAUAAGAGAUCUGCAGACUAUUCUAAGUAAUUUUGUUCUCUGAGCCAGUUUUAACAUAUAUUUUUGUCCAAAGACCUGUCUAAUUUUAUUGACUUCCUAUUUAGUUCAUGAUAUAGGUAACAGUGGAAAGGAUGAGGCAGGAAUAAACUUAUUUAUUUUGUUAUAUAAUUUAGCUUGUGAUUUUUUUCCCAUAUGUAUGGCACUUAAAAGAGAUAUGUGUAUACUAUAUGCACUUGUAUGAAGAUGAUUAACUGUAGAGAUGUAUGAAACCUUGUAUUUGAUUAGCCUCUAAGUUGCAUGCUAGAGACAAAAGGGGAGGAGGGGGCUGGGUUGGGUUAUUUGGGUUUUUUAAGAGGGUUCAAAA